AUGCAUCCUAAUCGUCCACCCACGCCUCCAUCGUAUUCUUUCGCAACUGAUUCCUCGUACGUCAAUAAAGAACAUACCCAGCAAAUUCAACAGCAACAAAUAGAUGAAUAUUUCAGUCGAAAUACAAAGACGCCAUCGAUACCUACUGUCCAAGAUUUUGGAAAAGGCAUACCCAAUGAUCAAUUAAAACCAGAUCAAAGUGUUUACAAGGUUCAGUUUAGAUGUAACAGAAGAUUCAAUUACUACUACCUAUCGGCAGAUACCAACAUAGACGUGAAAAUCAACGAUUCAGUCAUUGUACAGGGUGACCGAGGAUAUGAUUUGGGAGAAGUAACAAAGAUCAUACACAACAAGCAGCUUCACGGAUGCCACACCGUCAAAAGAAUAUUUCGCAUUGCUACCACUGAAGACAUGAACAGUUAUACCUUGCUUAGAGAAGACGAAGCCGAGGCUUUGGAAUUUUGUAAAGAGCUGAUUAAAGAAAAGGAAUUAGAUAUGGAAGUUGUUGAAGCUGAAUACCAAUGGGAUAGACGUAGAUUAACAUUUUAUUAUACCUCCCCUGAACAGCGUAUCGAUUUUAGGGAAUUGGUGCGUCAGCUCUUCAAAAUAUACAAAACGCGUAUAUGGAUGUACCAAAUAAAUCAUCAGUUAAAAACAACCGAAUUUCGUAAAUAA